UCGUGUUUAUGCUAAUUUAAAGAUGGCGAUAGUUCCUUAAUUUUUCUUUUGUUCUCUCAUUCUAUAUUUAUAAAUCAUAUACGUAUAAUACAUAUCAGAGAAUUAGAGGCACUGACAAACGAGUAUUAAUAGAAUUUUAAUAAAAUGGGUAAGGCAAAAGACAUAAGUUCAGACGAAGAUAUAACUGUAGAAACUAAUGAAAUAUCUCCACAAAAACGACAUAAGAAACAUAAACAUAAAAAACAUAAAAAGAAAAAAAUUACUCAUGAUGAUAAUGAUAGUUUUAAUGAUGUUACUGUUGAAACGGAUAAAAAAAAAACAUUUAGAGUUAAGAUAAAAAAAGAUGAUGAUAAAGGUCUAGAAAAAUCACGUGAAAAAAUGCAGAAAACAUCCAAUCUCAACACUGUAAGUGCAAGUCCAUCUCCAAAAACUGCUACAAAAAAGAAAGUUUUAAAAAAUAAUAAAGGUAAAGAUAGUGGUACUAGUAGUGAAGAAGAACGAUGGCUUGAUGCAAUUGAAUCUGGAAAACUUGAAGAAGUUGAUGAUGAACUAAAAAAAAUUAAACCAAAAGAUCCAAAACUAAUGACAGCACGUCAAAGAGCCAUGUUUGAAAGAAAAACUGAUACAGAACCAAAUCCAGCCGUUGAACAACUCAUGUCAUUACCAACAGGUUACAAAGAAAAAGUUAUGACAGCUGAAGCCAUACAAAAAGCUGCUCUUAAGUCAUUGAAAAGAAAACAGCUUGCUGAUGAGAAGAGAGAAAAAGAUAAGAAAAAAACAAUGGAAAGAUUAUUAAAAAAACAAGAAUCUAAAGCUUCAAAAGUCAUUAGUAAAGGAAAACCUUCUAGAAGACAAGUUCCUUUGGUUACAUAUCGUUUAACACUUGAAGGAAGUUCAAUAUCUUUACCACCUGGAGAAGAUUUUCCAUUACAACCUACAAAAGAAAAAGAACCAUCAAUACAAAUUCUUUGUGGUGUUAAUCAAUGUAAAAAUCUAAAAAAAUAUUCAUGUUCAAAAACUGGAAUACCUUUAUGCAGUUUAGAAUGCUAUAAAGCUAAUUUAUCUAUAUCUGUAUAAUAUGUAUAUAUUAAUUAUUUAAAUACUUUUAUUCUAAAAUUAUUUCUUAAAUUUAUCUAAUCCAUGUACGAAAUAUUUAUUUUUUUAUCAUAAAAAAAUAAAUUAUUUUUAUAAUUUCAAUAAAACCUUUGUUAGUAUAAUAAACAUUAAUGUAAUAGAAUUUACACUUUUAUAUAAAUACUUAUUAUUGAAUUUCUUAAAUAUGAAAACAAAAGUAAUAUAAAAUAUAAAAUUUUUUUUACUUGAAAAAAAAUAUUAUUUCACAUUUAAUUUUUAACAUUAUAAUUAAUUUGUAAAUAAUUCUGUAUAUAUUAUUAUAUAAUUGUUUUGUUGUAAUAUUUGUAUAUAUAUUUGAAUAUGUAUUUGUCAUAUUCUAACUUGUAAUUUAAAUAAAUGUAUUUUGUAAAUAAAAAAAACAGAAAGAUAUAA